CGAAUAUGGAGUGGUAUCACUGCCUUUGCUGGCACUGUCGUGUCCGGAACUGCUACUGGACUGUCAGGGACUUCACCUUCAAAUAAAUCAGACUUUCUUCGAACCGGUUUGUCGGGAUCGCCAGGUGCCGGUCUCGCAGACACCAGUUUCUCAGUGACCGGGGAAUUCCCUGAUCCGGGAUCGAAUGAUUUAUCUCCAGGCUAUGUGACAGUGAUUGAUCUGGCCACAAUGCACGCACAGUUUCUUGCAUGGAAAAAAACUGAGGCCGCUACGAUGCAACUUACUCUGUUGGAAACAAGUUCUGUUGAGGAUACAAAACUACCAACUGUUCAGUCAGCCGAUACGGAUCACUUCUCUUCGGAGUCACUUUCUGGACUGAGCUACAUCAAUGUACAUGACCACUGCGAAUUCGGUAGUCUAGUGGCUCAUUUCAUGGCUCACCGCUGGGCUGGAGUGUCCCUUCUCAAGUUCGACCCAACGGGCACACUGCUGUUCACUGCAUGCACUCGUGGUCAUGCUUUCAAUCUGUUUCGCAUAUCAAAUCAUCCGUGUGAUCAACGCCAGACAGCCGUGCAUCAUUUGUACAUAUUAGAACGGGGAAAUAUUCCUUGCGAGGUUGUUGAUGCUGCCUUCUCACGUGAUUCCCGUUGGCUUGCAGUUAGUAGCAAUCACGGCACCACCCAUGUCUUUCCAGUCACUGCGUACGGGGGUGAAAUCACUGUGCGUACGCACACACGACCAUUUGUGGUCAAUCGCACCUCACGAUAUCAUCGCUCAUCCGGGAUUGAGGAGCAUCAGUUGACCAGGCCUCAACGGGAAAGAGGCAUGGUUGACACUACGGCUAGUAUGACCAAUUUGAGCGGAGCAGAUCUUGCUGGUCUGGGAGGCCCUUCAGUCAGUGGUCCGUACGGUGCUUGCCGUGGUGCUCCAAUGGCCGGACUUGGUCCACAGUGUCCCCAUUUAAUGCUCACAACCGCGUUCCAUCCGAGAACUGCAAGCGGUACGUGA